AUUUUUUAAGCAACUAACGUUGUUGCUAAUGCUUUGAACUUAGAUGACCCUCUCAAACUACCUUGAAAUAAAUCUAGCAGAUAGAUAGAUAGAGAGAAAGAAAUGGUGGAAAACUUGAAACUGCCCACCAAAGUCCACUGUUAGUCACAGCAAACGCCCUUUUUAUUCAAAAGAUUUAACUUUAUUCAAAAAAGUCUCUCUCUUUCUUUCUAUGUGCCUAUCCUUUUUAUCUUUGAAUGUUUCCGCUUCUAUCACCCAAUAAUUCCUUGUUUUCCUGCUUGACUUCCCAAGAUAUUCGCUUGGGUUUCUGUUAGUUUUCCUCCCUUUUCUUCCUAAAUUGAUUUCUUAGCUGGACAUGUAAGGAGACUCACUUACAACUCUACAAUAACACCAUCAGUCCCCUUUUGUUUUUGGAACUUGUGUUCUUUAAUCUUGAUAGAUAGAUGGGUGUAUAUCUCAGCACUCCCAAAACUGAAAAAUUCUCAGAAGAUGGUGAGAAUGAUAGAGUUAGAUAUGGUCUAGCAUCAAUGCAAGGAUGGCGUUCAACUAUGGAAGAUGCUCACGCUGCAUAUCCUGAUCUCGAUGCAUCUACUUCAUUCUUUGGUGUCUAUGACGGUCAUGGAGGUAAGGUGGUUGCCAAGUUCUGUGCCAAAUACCUUCACCAGCAGGUUCUCAAGAAUGAAGCAUAUGCUGCUGGGGACAUAGGAACAUCAGUUCAGAGAGCAUUUUUCAGAAUGGAUGAGAUGAUGCGUGGACAAAGAGGAUGGAGAGAAUUAGCCAUUUUGGGUGAUAAAUUCAACAAGUUUUCUGGCAUGAUAGAAGGUUUGAUAUGGUCUCCUAGGAGUGGUAACAGUAAUGACCAAGUUGAUAACUGGGCCUUCGAGGAGGGCCCUCACUCUGACUUUUCUGGACCAACAUCUGGGAGCACAGCCUGUGUUGCAGUUCUAAGAAACAAUCAACUUUUUGUUGCAAAUGCUGGUGAUUCUCGUUGCGUAAUAUCUAGAAAGGGUCAGGCAUACAAUCUCUCUAGAGAUCACAAACCAGAUCUCGAGGUGGAGAAAGAAAGGAUUUUAAAAGCCGGUGGUUUUAUACAUGCAGGACGUGUCAAUGGCUGUUUGAAUCUUGCAAGAGCUAUAGGUGAUGUUGAAUUCAAGCAGAACAAGUUUUUACCCGCUGAAAAGCAAAUUGUAACCGCUAAUCCUGAUAUAAACACCAUUGAGCUCUGUGAUGAUGAUGACUUCCUUGUGCUGGCAUGUGAUGGAAUCUGGGAUUGCAUGUCAAGUCAGACGCUAGUAGAUUUCAUCCAUGAACAACUACAAUAUGAAAGCAAGCUUUCUGUUGUCUGUGAGAGAGUACUCGACAGGUGCUUAGCACCAUCGACAGCCACCGGUGAGGGUUGCGACAAUAUGACCAUGGUCCUGGUACAGUUCAAGAAACCAAUCAAGUGUGCCUCAUCUUCGGAGGAGCAAUCCUCCCAAUCCAAAUCAGCCGACAAUGAAUUGGAGAUAGAGGGAACUCAAGACUAGUAGCUGCAACCGUUGUCGGAAGGAUCAGAUGACCUGCUUGUUUUCCUUGAAUAUUCCGAUAUGCAUAUGUAGAUGGCUUUUAGCAGGAAUGCAAUUGAUGACACAUUAAGAAAGAAUAUAUGUCCUUUUUUGUUUCUUGUAUUUGAAUCAUUAAAUUGUGAUGUUUUUUUUUCUGAAAAUAACACUAUGACAAUUUCAGUAAUAACAUGUACAGUUUGUAACUA